UCUAUAAAGGCAAGAAUGCCUCAUGCUGGAUACAGGCUGGUAAAAGGAUCUCUACAAGCAAUGGGACAUCGAGUUACAUGGAGAAGAGUGACGAUGUCUUUGCAACGUGUGGAUGGUGCAGGGGUACUUUCAAGGAUGGUCCAGCUGUCAUGCAUCGCAAGACGUACAUACUCUGUUCCUGCUCCUUUGUCUCUUGUCCAUAUAGACACUAAUCACAAGCUGAUAAGAUCUUUUACCUGGAUGUUGCUGGUAAUAACAAAGCCAGAACAGCUUUUGGGUUUUUCAUGGAUGGAGUGGCAAAACAUGGAUGGCCAUCAAGAGUACGAGCAGACCAAGGGGUGGAGAAUGUAGACAUUGCUCGGUGCAUGUUUACUGUGCGAGGAACUGGCCGUGGCAGCUUUAUUGCUGGCAAAAGUGUGCAUAACCAGAGAGUGGAACGGCUAUGGAGAGAUGUUUGGACUGCAGUAACAUCUUGCUACUACAAUGUGCUCCACAGCUUGGAAGAGGAGGGAUUCGUUGACCUGUCCAAUGCUGUUCACCUUUUCUGUGUGGGCUUUGUUUUCAUCCCCAGAAUACGCAAUGAUUUGCAGCAUUUCACAGAGAUGUGGAACAAUCAUCCGCUGCGAACGGAGGGAAAUUUGUCACCCAAUCAGCUUUGGAAUAUUGGGAUGUUGCAAGCACCUGUGUCAGAGCCUGAUUUUGCAGAGAUCUUACAAGCUGAGGACUUCCAGAAUCCACAGACUGUUGACUCUGAGCAUGGAGUCAUUGUCCCAGAGAUACCUUGCCCCUUGUCACCUGAAGAUCUUGCUACUCUACAGAAUCAAGUGAACCCCGCUGCUGAGUCCACUUGUUUUGGUUAUGACAUCUACUUACAAGCACGUGAAUUAGCUUUAAAUUUAAUGUCUUAAAUCAGGGGUGUCAAACUCAGUUCCUGGAGGUCGCAGCCCUGCAGAGUUUUGUUCCAACACACAAAGCAUGUAGUUUUCAAAUAAGCCUGAAGGACUUAAUUAGUUGGAUCAGGUUUGUUUUAAAUGUGA